AUGGUCAAUAAAUGCUACUCAUGCGACUUUCAUCGCCAAGAGUGUACCUUCUCCCACACUCACGAGGGUCCGUCGAAGAAGAGGAAGUUGGACGGCCAGGAGCCUGCAGAAGGCAUUAAGCGACCUUCAAUGCAGCACUGUAUCCCCGAGACGGAGUCUCACCUAGCAGUGAACAUGAUUCGCCCCGGGUUUUUUAACCAAUCAACCCAGUAUAUCGGCAUGACCACGGAGCUGGAGCCCACCUUGCUGGAUUAUCUGCCACUGGACGAAUACGACGAAUGCACCGUGGCCAACUCGCGCGUGCGGAGAUGUGCCGACGACGGCACCUUCAUGCGCGUCGUCGACACCGUGCCGGACUCGCAUGCCGUGUCACUCGAUGCUAUCGAGAGCAUGGUCGCUCCCUACGGCUCCACACUGAUCGAGAAGUUCUUUGAGCACGUGCACCCCUCGUUCCCGAUUUUGAUAGAGGAAGUGUUCCGCCAAUCAUACCGCGAGCGCCGUGGCCUCUCGCCGCUACUCCUCGCCGCAGUCUACGUCUUGACGUUGAAGUUUGUCGACGUCGGUGUCACCUCGCAAACUGCGCGUAAGCCCGAUGCCGCACGACUAGAGGCUUCGGCCUUGAAGCUGUUGAUGGAUUCGUUGCAAUUCCCCAGUGUAUCCACCAUCCAAGCCGGGCUCCUGCUGACACAAAAGUCGACUCUCGCUACGGCAUCGCUAAACGGCCAGCUGGUCACGGCCGCGUUCGAGCUGGGUCUGCACCAGGACUGCACAAACUGGCGUAUGGAGACCUGGGAGAAAGGCCUGCGGAAACGUCUCGCGUGGGCGUUGUAUAUGCAGGAUAAAUGGUCAUCGCUGGUGCACGGCCGACCCUCGCAUAUCUUCGCGUUCAACUGGACGGUCAAGGAUCUCGUGGAGCAGGACUUCUCGGACGCCUUUGCCUCCGGCACUGACUCGUCACACGAUGAAACCGCCGUCGGCCACGGCCCUCUGCUUUUCUGUCACAUGGUCGCACUAACCACCAUCCUCUCCGACAUCCUCGACCGGUUCUACACCCUGCACGCCAUCGAAGAGUUCUCCGCCGCCGGAAACCAGCGCACACGCAUGAUCCUAGAAAAAGCCAAACCAGCCCAAAUCCGGCUCAAAGACUGGUUCUCCUCCCUCCCAGCAUCCCUCAAAAUGGAAACCUCCACCGGCGAACUCGUCGAAACAAUAACAGACGAACACGCCCGCAACGGCGCCCUCCACCUCGCCUACUUCGCCACCGAAAUAACCCUUCACCGCUGCAUCGUCCGCUCCCUCCUCGCCGAAGGCACAGACCAGUACCUGGCACACAUCUGCCGCUCCGCAGCCAAAACCCGCCUGAUCUCCGCCAUGGACUUCGUCAACCGCCUGCGCCCCGCCCACCUCCGCUCGUUCUGGCCCGCCUCGGCCCGCACCAACUUCUCCCUCAUCGGCUCCUUCGGCAUGCUGCUCCGCAUCACCGCGCCGACAAACGAGGAGGCUGACUUCUACCGCGUCCGGCUGUGCGAGUACCGCUGGACGCUAGGCGUCAGCCACAAGAACGCCGAGUUCAUGGGCUUCGCCCUGCAGAGUCUGGACAACGCCACCGCGCUGCACAAGCACGUCCCCGCGAAGCCUGGUAUCGCCGAGCUGAUGGCGUCGUCUGGUAAGAAUGCGCCGCCGCGCAUGCCUCCUACCACGCUUAGCUCUUAUGAUGACGCUAUGAUGGAGGCUGCUGGCACGGCCGCUUCGAGCUCGGUUAUGUCGGGUCUGGCGUCGCCGGCUACGUCUGUUAGUGAUAUGGAGGAUGGGGAAGGGGAAGCCUCUAUGGCGCCCCUAUGA